UGUCCUCGAGUAGCCAUGAAAUUAUGAUUCGCCAUCCUAAUUCCUAAAGCAAUGUUUUAAUCGAACCUCAAGGAAUCUGCACAAGUUCUCAAAUUAUAGAUUUGCAGUCCCAGAAUCCAUUCCCACCAGUUAGAAAAAGCUAAAAAAAAGUGGUAUGAAGAGUUCUGUUUUUGACAUGCUAGUGUGAAGUUGAAUUGGUGUCAAAGCUGCUUCUUUUUGUUUCAACUUUUUUUCUUCUCUCUCUCUCACUUUACCAUUCCUUCCUCCACAAGGAGAAACAGGAAAUUUCCUCUGCUUCAUACUUCCAAUGCUUCCUUCAGUAAAUCUUCCUCCUCAAUUUCUCUCUCCACCUUUUGUCUCAUAUUAUGGCUUAAGCUAAUCCUUCUUCCAUUUCCCUCUUCAAUAACCAAUCCUUCAAAAAGCAGCAAUCUUUCCCCCCAAAUUCCUCAGAAAUCAAUUUCAUAACUCCAGAAAUUCAGCAUUUUUAGUGUUCAUUCGCUUGCAUUUUCCUGCUUUUUUUUACAGAAAAAGAAGAGUAAACAAAUAUGGGUGCGAAAUCCAGCAAAGGGCCCAACGAUGUAAACCCACCUGCAAUUGACCAAAACACAAACACCCAGAUGAACAAUAAUGAACUCAGCUCAUAUUUACAGGCUUGUCAACUUGACCCAGAUGUUCAAGUCUUCGAUUCUCACCUUCAUGAGCGCACCACUCAUAUCAUCAACUCACUUACAAAUAAUGAAGGUGACGAAGGUUUUGAGGUUCAUUCUGUAUCCCUUGAUUCUCUUAAACAAGUUGCUGGUUGUUUAAUUGAUAUGAAUCAAGAAGUUGUUAGAGUCAUUUUAGAGUGUAAAAAAGAUGUUUGGAAUAAUCAGGAAUUAUUUGGUUUGGUGCAAGAUUAUUUUGAGUAUAGUGUUCAAACCCUUGAUUUUUUUACUGCUCUUGAUAAAUGUCUCAAAAGGGUUCGUGACCGUCAGUUGAUUAUACAAGUUGCAUUGCUUCAAUUUGAGGAGGAAAUUGGGAAUGUUGGUAAUGUUAGUGGUCAGAAUAGGUAUGGGAAGAUUUUGAAGGAAUUGAAGAAUUUUAAAGAGGCUGGUGACCCUUUUACUGAGGAAUUUCUAACUAUGUUUCAGUCUGUUUAUAAACAGCAAGUAGUGAUGUUUGAGAAAUUGCAGCUUAGGAAGCAUAAACUUGACAAGAAAUUGAAAUCAUUAAAGAUAUAUAGGAAGGUGUCGAACAUAAUAUUUGCGGCCACUUUUGUAGCAGUGAUUAUUUGUUCUGUGGUUGCUGCUGCCAUUUCGGCUCCUCCCAUGGUUUCAGCUAUAGCUGCUGCGGCUUCUGCUCCGAUGGGAGGGAUUGGGAGGUGGAUGAAUUCGUUGUGGAAAAAGUAUGAGAGUGAAUUGAAGACGCAAAGGGAGUUGAUUAACUCGAUGCAAGUUGGGACUUACAUUGCAAUCAAGGACUUGGAUAGCAUCCGUAUUCUUGUUGAUAAGUUAGAUAUUCAGGUUGAGUCAUUGUUGGCAAAUACUGAAUUCGCGCUUAGUCAAGAGGGAGCUGUCGCUACUGUAAUAGAGGAGAUCAAGAAGAAGCAGACCGAGUUUUUGGAGGCAAUUGAUGAGCUUGGGGAGCAUGGCAAUAAGUACAGCCGAGAUGUAAGAAGGGCUAGGACAGUGAUCCUGCAGAGGAUAAUUAAGCAUCCUAGUGAAGAAUGAAUUGCAACUUGUCUUUUUUUUUUAUUUUUAUUUUUUAUGUUGUAACAUUAGUACUAUUUAUUGUUAGAUCAUGCUUGUUUGUGUAAUUUAUCAGAAUGUGGUAGUUGGUUAAUACUUAAUACAUCUUUCUGGUAACAAAGAUGUAGGAUUCUAGAGUGGUUAUCUUUCUUGUGGCUGUGUUUGUGUUUCUGAGAUACCGAUACAUUUUCA